UAUAAGCACAAGUUGAUUACAUUUGAACUAAAGCCAACAAUGAAAAAAUCAUAAGAACUAAUAUCAAGCUGUUUUGCUCUUCGCCUUCGAAUCUGAACUAAACCAGCUUGCUAGUGUAAUUUGGAAAAUCGUAGCGUUUAUUGUUUAACCACAAAAUCAGUUGACAACCAAUUUAGAAAAAAAUCAUACAUAUUUUAUCUACAUAUUGCUGAGAAAAUUAGAACCAAAACCGUGUUAAAGUGAAAUUAGGACUACUGCCGUUUUACAAUUACAGAGUAUGCGGUUUGAACAAUCAAUCGCAUUUCUUGAAAAAGAGCUAUGACGCAAAAUGAGACUGGUCAACUUGAAAAAUUUUGCGACGAGAAUCAAACAAGUUUAUAUCUGGAGACAUCUUUUACGGAAACGAGAAAUGCGAAGCGAGUCGAAAUUCCGACAGCUUCAACUCAUUCUGAUUGCGAAAUUUCUACUGAUACGGCACUAGAUGUUAUAUCUGAAAAUGUAAAUGAUGUUAGUGUAACAGAAAUAUAUGAUGAAACGAUUUUUGCGGUAGGUCUAAAUGAGGAGAACAUUUCGCCGAAUAUAAAUCCAGAUGAACCAACGAAUAAAAUUGUUUUAAAAAAAAGUCACAAGAAGCAUGCUUCAAUAGAAAUGAAGUUUAGGUGCUUUGUAAUCAAUUGGGAUAAAGUGAGUGAUAAAGUUAUUCAACGCCUGAACUAUCUGCAAGCGUUCAAGGAUAAUAAUCCCAAAGUGGCCGUGCCAUGUAGUAUUCGAUUCUCGAAAACGGACUUGAACGAUCUCGUGAAUGUUGUUGUUGAUCAAUUGAGAAUGAUUGACACUCAGAUUGCAGCCAAAACAAUGGAAUCCGUAGCAAAAAUGAUUUUCACCAAAUUCCCGUGUCUCGAUUUUGAGGACGAUGAUGGUUUUGGUGGAGGAAACGGUCAUAUUGCUUUAAAAUAUAAAAUGAUAAACCGUAACACCUAUCUUAACAGGUUCAAAGACCCUAAUAUUCCGCACGUUUCAUCUGGUCAAACAAGAAGGAGAAGUAACAUUAGAGCAGGCACUGUAAAGGAGUAUUGGGAAAAAUCGACGAAAGAUUGUGCUUCGGAUGUUUUAUCAAAACUACUGCGAAAUGAACCGGACUUACUCACCCCAAGUUUUUUAAUUGAAACACAAGCCUACAUUCGUAAUCGCAUAGAUGAAAAUAAAAAAUUGUCGACUCUUAUAAUGGAUUUUCCUGUUUUACGUCGUCGUAAACUGGUUCACUACCAUUUUGAACAAUGCACUGGAAUAGAUGCAAAAUCACUAGAAAACUACUUUCUAAUGAAGAGACAAAAAAUUAUCAGUUUUUCUAAAACGCGACCAAAAAAGUUACACCUCACAGAGACGUGUACGGACAUCCAAAUCUUUCAAUUUUUAUGCAGUCUUGUUGGGGAUGAAUGGAGUGAGCUCCUGUGUGUCAAAGAGUUAGGAACACGCUUGGAAGGCAUCGUGACUAAUUCACCAAGCCCUAUGUUGGUUGAAAUAGAUAUGGGCAAUACAAGUAUGUAUUACGUAUAUGCAGAAAAAACGCGUUUAUCAGAAGGAACAGCGCAAAUCAAAUGCGCCUUAAUGGAUCUACUGGCCGUUUACUACGUGCAUAAUUUUAUGUAUAAAAAAACAAUUUCGAAAUUUUUGGAAUUUAUUCAACAAUAUUUUUGUAAAAUAAUAUCAUUCGAAGGAUCAAAGUCUCAAGCAGUCAGAAUUGGGCGACAAUUACGCAUUGUUAACAAAAUAAUCAAAGCAAUUUCAAAUCAUGUCGUUGAAUAA